AUGACCAGCAUGGAAGGACCGGAGGAGGUUUGCGCAGGUUGCUCCUUGCACCCUCUGGAAGUGUCACUGGUGUUGAUUUGCAGUCAUCGCUUGUGCUUACGAUGUGCCUACGAGCAGUUGCAGCAAUUGCAGGUGUCCAAAGUGACACCGACAACGCAACGUGCUUUUGCUGCUUUCGCUGCCUGCCCAAGUUGUGGAUCCGUGACGGAAGUGGAGGCUGGAGCUGCUCAGCAGAUUCACUCUCUCCAGUCUCUCCAAUCAACACCAUCCGUUCCAUCUGUACCAUCGCAGAUGGCCUCAUUACCAUCUGCUUUUUCAACUUCACGAAGUGAAGUUGAUGAAAUGACAGGCCAAGGCCAAGGAGCUAAGGAGCCAAGGCCGGCAAGACAGGAGCUGCAGGAGCGAAAAAGUGCUGAGGCAAGUGAUCGUGAUCACGAUCGCCGUGAUCGCAGUCCCGGUCUCCCUAUCACAGCCGUGGCCUCGCUCCCUGUCUUGCCACCCCAAAGUCCAGCAAAUGGCAAUCGUCAUUCUGAAUGUUCACAGCAAGACAUGGUAUGUGGCCAGUGUGAAGUGAACGUGGCUGAUGUAAGGUGCUCUCAAUGCGAUGAGCUCUUUUGUCAAAGUUGUUACAACAACAUGCACAGGGUGGGUAGAAUGAAAGAGCACAGGUCUUCUCCUUUGGCUGCCCCUACGCCACGGAAUAUGUUUGCCGUGCCUCUUCAAUCAACCGAAUAUUGUGCAGAGCAUGGGGAACCACUUCACUUUUUUUGCUUGGAUUGCACUGAAUGUAUUUGUGCGGAAUGCACGGUGCAGCGUGACAGACCCCAUCAUGGUCAUGACGUUGUGAGUGCCAAAACAGCAUUCAACCAACUCUUGGGGACUAUCCGACAGCUGUUGGAGUCGGCCGGAGCCCGUUUGCGCAAACCACCAAAGGCGGAGCUGAUACAGCAAUUGGACUCCAUGUCGAGCAAAGGAAAGCAAGAGCUCAAAAGAUCAUUUCUCAGCUUGUAUGAAGCGCUGAAAUUACAGGAACAGACUUUGAUGAAAAGGGCAGAAGAGAUUGGCCGGACGGCAGAUCAAGCGCUGCUUGCAAAG